AUGCAGGAUUCUUUUCCUUGUGACUUGAAGACUGCAAGAUUAAUUACCUUCGUUAACCCUUUGUCGGUGCCGUCUUCAAAUCUCCACUCUUCAGACUUAAGGAUUGCGAUAUUACUUCCUUCCUUACUUUGUGACUCGAGAUUCAUUCCUUGCUUCCCAAGAUUCGAUGGCCGAACUGAUUGGAACUCCAGCAUGUGUGCAACUGAUCUCCAAUCACGUUCACUAGUAGUUUGGUCUGAUUUCGCUGAAACAAAACUGGACAACCGUGUUCCCAAUAAACCUUCUUUGACGACGGUGAAGCUGGAGAAGGCAAAGGGGGAUAUCAAGUGGAAUGAAGCGUCGUCGUCCUCUGAUUCUCCUUUUUCUUCUUUUUCAUCUUCGUCACCGUCGUCUUCAUUGGACGAUAGAGAGUAUAAGGUGAUCAGGGACGCGAAUGACCAGUUUAGAGCAUCAGGAAGUCGAUUCGAAUUGUUAAAACACGAAUCAGAUUUGAGGAAUUUCGGUCACCAAACCUUUCUCAAUGGCAUCAGUGGUUGCUACAAAGACUACGUGAUUCACCCCAACAACAGGUGGUAUCGGGCAUGGACAAAAUUCAUAUUGUUAUGGGCAGUGUAUUCAUCCUUCUUCACCUCGAUGGAGUUUGGAUUUUUUCGUGGAUUGCCUGAGGAUCUCCUUAUACUGGACAUCAUUGCACAAAUAGCUUUCCUUGUAGACAUUGUUUUGCAGUUCUUUGUUGCUUAUAGGGACACUCAGACCUAUUGUAUGGUUUAUAAGCGAACCCCUAUAGCUUUGCGGUAUAUAAAAUCUAGCUUUGUCAUUGAUCUUUUAGGAUGUUUGCCCUGGGAUUUUAUUUACAAGGCUUCUGGUAGAAGAGAGGAAUUAAGGUACUUUUUGUGGAUAAGAUCAUAUCGGGUGCGCAGAGUCAAUGAUUUUUUACAGCAGUUGGAAAAGGAUAUACGGGUAAAUUACAUGUUUACUAGGAUUCUGAAACUUCUAGCAGUUGAGCUGUACUGCACUCACAUAGCUGCCUGUAUCUUCUACUAUUUGGCUACCACACUACCUCCUUCCCAAGAGGGCUAUACGUGGAUUGGAAGUCUAGAGCUGGGCGACUAUAGUUAUUCACAUUUCAGAGAUAUUGAUUUCGGAAAGCGUUACAUAACAUCCUUAUAUUUUUCUAUUGUUACAAUGGCUACUGUUGGGUAUGGAGAUAUACACGCGGUCAAUAUGAGGGAGAUGAUAUUUGUAAUGAUAUUUGUGUUAUUUGACAUGGUUCUUGGUGCUUAUUUGAUUGGUAACAUCACGGCAUUAAUAGUCAAAGGAUCAAAGACUGAAAAGUUUAGGGACAAAAUGAAGGAUCUCACGAAAUAUAUGAACAGAAACCGAUUAGGAAGGGACAUCCGUGAACAAAUAAAAGGCCAUGUGUGCUUACAGUAUGAGAGUAGAUAUGCUGAAACAGCUGUCGUUCAAGAAUUACCCAUUUCUAUUCGAGCAAAGAUAUCACAGACAUUAUAUUUGCCAUACAUCGAAAAAGUUUCUCUGUUUAAGGGUUGCUCUUCAGAAUUUAUCAAUCAGAUUGUUAUUCGGCUCUAUGAAGAAUUCUUUCUCCCAGGAGAAGUGAUUGUGGAAUAUGGAAGUGUUGUGGACCAGCUAUACUUUGUCUGUCAUGGUGUGCUGGAAGAAGUAGGUACAUGUAAAGAUGGAUAUGAAGAGACAGUUUCCCUUCUACAACCUUACAGUGUAUUUGGAGAAAUAUCUGUUCUUUGUAACAUUCCUCAGCCAUAUACUGUUAGGGUUUGUGAACUAUGUAGGCUUCUGCGGCUUGAUAAACAAUCAUUCACAAAUAUUGUUGAAGUAUACUUUUAUGAUGGAAGGAAAGUAUUGAACAACCUUCUAGAGGGGAAAGAAUCUUUUCAUGAUAAACAAUUGGGGUCAGACAUUACUCUUCAUAUUAGCAAGCAAAAAGCUGAACUUGCUUUAAAGGUCAAUAAUGCAGCUUUUCAAGGAGAUCUGUAUCAACUAAAAGGUUUAGUUCGAGCUGGAGCUAAUCCCAACAAGACUGAUUAUGAUGGAAGGUCACCCUUGCAUCUUGCAGCAUCUAGAGGAUAUGAAGAUAUCACACAUUUCCUUAUUCAGGAAAGCGUAGAUGUCAGUAUUAGAGAUAACUUUGGGAAUACGCCACUACUUGAGGCUAUAAAGAAUGGACAUGAUAGAGUUGCUUCCUUACUUGUUAAAGAAGGGGCGUCAAUGAGGAUAGACAAUCCGGGUAGUUUUCUAUGCACAGUUGUUGCAAGGGGUGAUUCAGAUUAUGUUAAAAGGCUAUUAUCUUACGGUAUGGAUCCUAACUCAAAAAAUUAUGAUUACCGAUCCCCUCUUCAUGUUGCCGCUGCUGAAGGUCUAUACUUCAUGGCAAGGUUGCUAUUAGAUGCUGGGGCUAGUGUUUUCACCAAAGACAGAUGGGGAAAUACCCCACUUGAUGAAGCCAAGAUGAGUGGGAAUAAAAAUAUGAUGAAGCUACUAGAAGAUGCAAAGUCUGCUCAAUUGUUGAAAUUCCCAAAUCAUUCCUCAGAAUUUACUAAUAAAAUGCACCCAAUGAAAUGCACAAUAUACCCUUUCCACCCAUGGGAUCCAAAAGAACUUGGAAGAUUUGGAAUUGUAUUGUGGAUUCCACACACCAUUGAAGAGCUUAUGAAAAGAGCAACAGAGCAGCUAGACUUUUCUUCUGAUUCCUGUAUUCUGUCUGAAAAUGCAGGUUUAAUUACUGAUGUUGACAUGAUCAAAGAUGGCCAGAAGCUGUAUUUAGUCCACAAAACGCAAUAGAGAUACACGUAUUGUAGCUUUCAUAUAACACAUAAUUAUGUGUUGUAAAUGUAUCACUCUGUUUGCUUUUAUAGGCUUCAGAAACCAUUUAGAACUGGCCAGGAGUAGGGAAGGAUCAGGAACGUUUGUCGAGGUGAAGGGGGUACAAUU